UGUCUCAAAUCUGUGUAUUGAAGUUUUGAGGUUAUAACGUUGAAAAAUAAGCCUUUUGCUUUUAAAAAGAUUAUAGGACGUAACUUAAUUUAUUAAAUACGAAAACACGUCUUUUACAACACCAUGGCCACUGUUUCGUCAGCUCCAGCACCUGGUAUGCAACAAAUAGAUUUAUCAAAGCUUAGUAUUCAGCAGUUGGCUCAGUUGAAACAACAGCUAGAUCAAGAAUUAAACGUGUUCCAAGAUUCAUUACAAACUUUAAAAAUAGCGCAGCAAAAGUUCGUGGAAUCUGGGGAGAGUGUAGAAAAAAUUACUCCAAGCACAAAAGGAAAGACUAUUCUAGUACCACUCACCGGCUCUAUGUAUGUUCCCGGUACCAUAGCAGACACAGAUAAUGUUAUUAUUGAUAUAGGUACAGGAUAUUACGCACAGAAAGACAUAGAAGGUGCCAAAGACUAUUUUAAAAGAAAAGUACAGUUUGUUACUGAACAAAUGGAAAAAAUACAGGCUAUGGGUAUAGAAAAGUCUAAGGUAAGAGAUGCCAUUUGUAUGAUGAUGGAAAUGAAAGUAAAGGCGCAGACACAGGCACAGGCAGCGGCAACAUCAUAACGGAAAUAUUUCUUUAAUAUCAAAGACUACUAUUUAUCUCAACAUUUGAUGCAUUUUAUAUACAAUGUGUAUGGCAGUUUUGAAUACUCUGAUUUUGUUUGUGCAUUUAUUGUAUUUUGUUACAAUCAACUGUGGAAAUGUAUAAGUUACUGUUAA